UCAGUCGCUCUGCCUAACUGAACUCUCAUUCUACUCUCCUCUUCUUCUUCUUCUUCUUCUUCUUCUACCUCCUCUCUCUCUCUCUCUCUCUAAAAGCAGAGUGUGCAGAGAGAGAACCAACCUCCAUAAAAAUGCGCUUCAUCCUUCUCCUCCUCCUCCUACUCCACCUGCAUGUUCACCCUUCCACCGCAGCACGAAUACCAGAAUACAAAGCUCUCCUCUCCCUGAAAGCCUCCAUCACCGACGACCCCCAAUCAGCUCUCUCGACAUGGAACAUCUCUACAAGCCACUGCACAUGGGUCGGAGUCACCUGCGAUUCCUACCGCCACGUGACCGCCCUCGACAUCUCCGGCCACAACAUCUCCGGCACUCUCUCCUCCGACGUGGGUCACCUCCGCUUCCUCCUCAACCUCACCCUCGCUGCCAACCAGAUCUCCGGCCCCAUCCCCCCUGAAAUCUCCCUCAUCUCCGGCCUCCGAUUCCUCAACCUCUCCAACAACGUCUUCAAUGAAACCUUCCCUUCCCAACUAGCUCUCCUCAAAAACCUCCAAGUACUCGACCUCUACAACAACAACAUGACUGGCGAUUUACCCAUUCUCGUCUCCGAAAUGACCAGCCUCCGCCACCUCCACCUCGGCGGCAAUUACUUCUCCGGUAGCAUUCCAGCGGAAUACGGCCGCUUUCCCUCCCUCCAGUACCUGGCUGUUUCCGGCAACGAGCUCGACGGAGCUAUUCCUCCUGAAAUCGGAAACUUAUCGACCCUUCAACAGCUCUAUAUUGGCUACUACAAUAACUUUUCCGGUGGUAUUCCUCCGGAGAUCGGAAACUUAUCCCAACUCGUCCGAUUCGACGGCGCUAGCUGUGGACUCUCCGGCGCGAUUCCGGCGGAGAUCAGCAAGCUUCAGAACUUGGACACUCUGUUUCUUCAAGUGAACGCGUUUGCGGGAGCAUUAACGACUGAGCUUGGUUACUUGAAGAGCUUGAAAUCUAUGGAUCUGUCAAACAACAUGUUUUCCGGCGAAAUACCGGCGUCAUUUGCCCAGCUCAAGAACUUGACCCUUCUCAAUCUGUUUCGAAACAAGCUCCAUGGUUCAAUACCCGAGUUCAUUGGUAAUUUGCCGGAGCUCGAGGUGUUGCAACUCUGGGAAAACAAUUUCACUGGGAGCAUUCCUCAUGGUUUGGGAACAAAUGGGAAGCUUCAACUCGUCGAUCUCUCGUCGAACAAAUUAACUGGGACUCUGCCUCCAAGUUUGUGUUCUGGUAAUCGUCUUCAAACCCUGAUCACUUUGGGUAACUUCUUGUUCGGUCCCAUUCCUGAUUCGCUUGGGCAGUGCGAGUCACUGAGUCGAAUUCGAAUGGGAGAGAACUAUCUAAAUGGGUCGAUUCCCAAGGGGCUAUUGAGCUUGCCUAGUCUCACCCAGGUUGAACUUCAAGACAAUCUUUUAUCCGGAAGCUUUCCCGAAACAGAUUCAAUCUCUGUCAGUCUCGGACAGCUCAGUCUGUCCAAUAACCAUCUCACCGGUUCGUUACCUCCCACUAUCGGCAACUUCUCCGGCGUCCAGAAGCUUCUCCUCGAUGGGAAUCAGUUUUCCGGCAACAUUCCCCCUGAAAUCGGAGAAUUGCAGCAGCUAUCGAAGAUUGAUUUCAGCCACAACAGUUUCUCGGGUCCAAUCGCUCCGGAAAUCAGCCAGUGCAAGCUCUUGACCUUCGUCGAUCUCAGCCGAAACGAGCUCUCUGGAAAAAUCCCAACUGAGAUCACAGGUAUGAGGAUACUAAAUUACUUGAAUUUGUCCCGAAAUCACUUAGUUGGAACCAUUCCAGCAUCGAUAGCUUCGAUGCAAAGCUUGACUUCGGUUGAUUUUUCAUAUAAUAAUCUAUCUGGGUUAGUUCCUGGUACUGGUCAAUUCAGUUACUUCAACUAUACUUCGUUCCUCGGCAACCCUGACCUCUGUGGCCCAUAUUUGGGUCCUUGCAAAGAUGGGAUUGCCAAUAGCACUCACCAAGGACGUGUUAAAGGGUCAUUCUCAGCUUCUUUGAAGCUCUUGCUUGUUAUUGGGUUGCUAGUUUGCUCGAUUGCUUUUGCUAUCGCUGCAAUUAUUAAGGCCCGAUCUUUAAAGAAAGCGAGCGAGGCUCGUGCGUGGAAGCUUACGGCUUUCCAACGCUUAGAUUUUACUUGUGACGAUGUCUUGGACUGCUUGAAGGAAGAUAACAUUAUAGGGAAAGGUGGUGCUGGGAUUGUUUACAAGGGUGUGAUGCCUAAUGGUGAUUCGGUUGCGGUGAAAAGAUUGCCCGCAAUGAGUCGUGGGUCGUCUCAUGACCACGGAUUCAAUGCAGAGAUACAGACCCUCGGGAGGAUUAGACACAGGCACAUUGUGAGGUUAUUGGGGUUCUGCUCAAAUCAUGAAACAAACCUUCUUGUUUACGAGUACAUGCCUAAUGGAAGCUUGGGUGAAGUGCUUCAUGGCAAGAAAGGGGGUCAUUUACAUUGGGACACAAGGUAUAAAGUUGCUGUGGAGGCUGCAAAGGGGCUUUGCUAUCUUCACCAUGAUUGUUCACCAUUGAUCCUCCACCGAGAUGUGAAGUCCAACAACAUCUUGCUUGACUCUAAUUUUGAAGCACAUGUUGCUGAUUUUGGGCUUGCCAAGUUCUUGCAAGAUUCGGGCACUUCCGAAUGCAUGUCUGCCAUUGCUGGUUCAUAUGGAUACAUAGCACCAGAGUAUGCCUACACUCUCAAGGUCGAUGAGAAGAGCGAUGUCUACAGCUUUGGCGUAGUUCUCUUAGAACUUGUAAGCGGCAGAAAACCAGUUGGAGAGUUUGGUGAUGGAGUAGACAUAGUACAAUGGGUUAGAAAGAUGACCGAUGGGAACAAGGAAGGAGUGCUAAAAAUCCUCGACAAAAGACUAGCCACAGUCCCCCUCCACGAGGCUAUGCACGUAUUCUACGUGGCAAUGCUGUGCGUUGAAGAACAAGCUGUGGAACGCCCAACCAUGAGAGAAGUUGUCCAAAUACUAACAGAGCUUCCAAAGCCACCCAACUCGAAACAGGGCGGAGACUCAAUGGCAGUCACAGAGUCCUCCCCUCCACCAGUCAUUUCUCUCGAGUCUCCCGAUGCAGCAACUAGAGACACAAAAGAACAUCAUCAGCCAUCGCCACCUGAUCUUCUUAGCAUUUGAAAAAUGUUCUAUUGGGAUAGGAAGUGUUUGCUUUAGUUUUCCAUGAUUUGGGUUAGCUAAGGUACUUGUAUUUCUUUUCUUUUCCUUUCUUUUAUUUUCUUGGGUAAUUAUGGGGGUGGGGGAAGGGUGUUGCUCUGUUUAGCUUUAAGGCCUUGUUAAUGUUUGAAGUGUUUUUUUUUUUUUUUUUUGGGUGUACAGUGGGAUUUUGGGGAGGGGGGGUUUUCUCUUUUAACAUAAAUUAUGGUUCAUGAUGUGCUCUUGUCUCUCUUCUGGUUCUCAUGUUGAUGGCACUGCUAGAGCUUUGGUGUGCACAUGAAUUGUGUUUUCAGUGUAUGAUUUCUCAUGAUAGAGAGGGGGGAGGAGGCAUGUACUAGUAGCAGUGUAAAUGAAUGAUAGGUCCAAGAGAGUGGGGUGGACCAUGAGGCUCAAUAGUCCAGUGUCUUUCAAGUACCGAGACAGUGUCAGUCAGUGGGGUUCACUAAUUGAGAUGAGGACUCACUUGAAAUGAAAACUCGCUCCCUUGGGAUAUGGGUGCGUGGGUAUUUGUUUUGGGGAGAUGGACUUGAAUUGAAUUCAACUUUGGGCACAGUAUUGAGUCAAUUUGAUGAAUGCAGACUUUCCCUUUUCAUGAAGCAAGUAUCUCUUUCCUCAUUUACUAUGAUCUUUAUGUAAGUCUUAAAUUUACAUUAGCUCUGCCAUAGCUGUGUUUGGUUUGGAGGUUGGCAUUGAAUAUAAGGAUGAUGUCAAAGCUAAAUCAUUAUGGUUACGUUAAUGGAAGUCAAAGUUUGUCUAUCUAA